CGCCAGUUCCAUGGAGUCCGCUAGAUCAGCUGCUGGCAGUUGGUGUUCUCAAUCACGUCCGCAGCGAGGCUUCAUAUCCUCUCUGGAGCGCCUGUGGAAUAAGACUUUACUCAAACGAGCGCGUGCGUCUGCCGGACUACUUUUUUAAAUUUAAAAUUUAAAAUUAAACGUCUGACAACUUUAUUAUUAUUUUUUUAUAUCGAAAAUUCUAAUUUUUGAAUUUUAAAUAUUUUUCACUGCUUUUACACUUUCUGGACUGUUUUUCUUUUUUUUUCUUUUUUGUGAUUUAACUUAAAAAGGGGAAAAACAACACAAUGGCGGAGACGUCAAGUGCUCCAUCAAAAGCCAAAAAGACGGCGAAGGCUAAAAAAACCGCUUCUCAUCCCAAAUACUCGGACAUGAUCAAAGCGGCUAUUGUCCACGACGCGAGCCGGAGCGGAGCGUCCCGCCAGUCCAUCCAGAAGUACGUCCGGAAGAACUACAAAGUGGGCGACAACGCCGACGUCCAGAUCAAAAUGGCCCUAAAAAGGCUGGUGGCUUCUGGGAUGCUGCGCCACACCAAAGGCAUCGGAGCGUCCGGCUCCUUCCGCCUCACCAAACCGGAGGACGCCAAAAAGUCCAGCGGCAAGGCGGCCGCCUCCGCCAAACCCAAGAAAGUAGCAAAACCCAAGCCGGCCAAGAAGGCAGCCAAGCCCAAAAAGGUCUCCAAGACCCCGGAGAAGCCCAAGAAGGCACCUGCGAAGAAAGUCAAAAAGGUGGCCAAGAAGGCGUCUCCGGUGAAAGCCAAGAAAGCUCCGGCGAAGAAGCCCAAGGCGGCCAAAGCCAAGGCAAAGCCGGCCAAGAAAGCAGCCAAACCCAAGGCGAAGACCCCCAAGAAGGCAGCAAAGACCUCCAAAAAGAAGUGAAAGGACAAUUCUAUCCGACGGGUGUAAAUAUUUAAGGAAAUGUUUUCGUAAAUGUCUUAUUUUUGUAAGGUAUCGAACAUAAGGUGUUUUUAACCAGUAUAGUUAUAACUGUAGAAACAUAUUUGUGAGCAUUUUUAUUUUAUUUUAUAACAUCCUUUUAACAACUAUUUCCACUUGAAAUUAAGCGUGUUUGUACAGCUGAGGUAAUGAAUAGUUAUUGUCAGUGUACUUAAAAAAAAUGUUUAGUGGAGCCUUCAUUAGGACCCUGAAGGCACCACAACUCUUAUUUUACCCUGUUAUUUAUAUUUUUGUGUCCUAAAGAAUAACAUGAAAUCAAACCUGCUGUUUAUAAACGCAUCCAAUAAAACUUUGUCACCUUUUGAAA